GGCGGGGGGAGGUUCUCGCUCGGGUUCGCCGCUCGGCUGCUGAGGAGACCCCUGAGCGCUUGUGGGGAAGGGAAGGAGGAGGAAGAGGAAGGGGAGCGUGGCCCCUUCCCAGCCGGAUACCUUAAUAGCAGAAGAGAUUGUGGCCAACAUGGAGUCUGUCUGGGAAUGUGGUUAAGUCAAAUGACUUAACACAAUCUAUAGGGUGGUAUGAAACAAAAGGCCAAAAUGAAGUACCCGCUUGGUUGGACUAGUCUCGCUUCUCACAGGGCCUGGAAUUGCUCAGUCUCUGAAGAUGUCCAGGAGGAAAAGUUGACGUGCUGAUAAUGAUGCACAAUUUCCCACCAUUUUGAAGACUCAUGAUCCCUGCAGAAGGAUGGCAGCAAACUGGAUGAUCCAUUGUCUUUGGCCUUUGGCUGUCCUCGUAGGAUGCACAGGUAGCCACAGCUUGUUCUCCUGUGAGCCAAUCAUCUUGAGGAUGUGCCAGGAUCUUCCAUAUAACAGCACGUUUAUGCCUAACCUUUUGAACCAUUAUGAUCAGCAAACAGCAGCUCUAGCGAUGGAGCCAUUCCACCCAAUGGUAAACCUUGAGUGUUCCCGGGACUUCCGACCUUUCCUGUGUGCUCUCUAUGCUCCUGUUUGCAUGGAGUACGGUCGAGUCAGCCUCCCAUGUCGCAGGAUUUGUCAGCGAGCAUACAAUGAGUGUUCAAAACUCAUGGAGAUGUUUGGUGUGUCUUGGCCAGAGGAUAUGGAAUGCAGCAGGUUCCCAGACUGUGAUGAGCCGUACCCUCGUCUUGUCGAUCUCAGUGCCAUUGGGGAGCCAACGGAAGACGUGCCAGUGGCGGUGCGAAGAGACUAUGGCUUUUGGUGCCCGCAAGAGUUAAAAAUAGACCCCGAUCUUGGCUACACAUUCCUGCGGGUACGGGACUGCUCCCCUCCUUGUCCAAAUAUGUAUUUCAGACGUGAAGAGCUCUCUUUUGCACGAUACUUCAUCGGCGUGAUCUCUAUCGUCUGCCUUUCAGCCACUUUGUUUACCUUCUUGACUUUCUUGAUCGAUGUCACGCGGUUCCGCUAUCCCGAGAGACCCAUCAUUUUCUACGCUGUCUGUUACAUGAUGGUGUCCCUCAUUUUCUUCAUUGGCUUUUUGCUAGAGGACCGUGUUGCCUGCAACGCCUCUAGCCCCACCAUGUUCAAGGCCUCCACGGUGACCCAGGGCUCUCAUAACAAAGCGUGCACCAUGCUUUUCAUGGUGCUGUACUUCUUUACCAUGGCUGGGAGCGUCUGGUGGGUGAUUCUGACCAUCACCUGGUUCUUGGCAGCUGUCCCCAAAUGGGGGAGUGAAGCCAUUGAGAAGAAAGCCUUGCUUUUUCACGCUAGUGCUUGGGGCAUCCCUGGAACCCUGACCAUCAUCCUCCUGGCUAUGAAUAAAAUUGAGGGUGACAACAUCAGCGGGGUGUGUUUUGUUGGCCUCUAUGAUGUGGAUGCUUUGAGAUACUUUGUCCUUGCUCCUCUCUGCCUCUAUGUGGUGGUUGGAGUUUCUCUGCUGCUUGCGGGCAUCAUCUCCUUAAAUCGGGUUCGUAUCGAAAUUCCCUUAGAGAAGGAGAACCAGGACAAACUGGUGAAAUUCAUGAUUCGGAUUGGCGUCUUCAGCGUUCUCUAUCUCGUUCCUCUCUUAGUUGUGAUUGGCUGCUAUUUCUAUGAGCAGGCUCACCGAGGUGUGUGGGAGACAACGUGGAUACAAGAACGGUGCAAAGAAUAUCACAUACCCUGCCCUUACCAGGUCACGCAGAUGAGUCGCCCAGACUUGAUCCUGUUUUUGAUGAAGUACCUCAUGGGCCUUGUCGUGGGGAUCCCGUCUGUCUUCUGGGUCGGCAGUAAGAAGACCUGCUUUGAGUGGGCGAGCUUCUUCCAUGGGCGCAAGAAAAAAGAAGUUGUGAAUGAGAGCCGGCAAGUGCUUCAGGAACCCGAUUUUGCCCAGUCGCUCUUGAGAGACCCCAACACUCCCAUCGUCCGCAAAUCCAGAGGAACCUCCACCCAGGGGACCUCGACUCAUGCCUCUUCAACUCAGCUGGCCAUGAUGGAUGACCAGCGAAGCAAGGCUGGCAGCGUCCAUAGCAAAGUCAGCAGCUACCACGGCAGUUUGCAUCGGUCACGUGACGGCAGGUAUACCCCCUGCAGUUACCGUGGGAUCGAAGAUCGGCUACCUCAUGGCAGCAUGUCCCGACUGACUGACCACUCCCGGCACAGCAGCUCCCACCGACUCAACGACCAGUCCCGCCACAGCAGCACCAGAGACCUCAGUGGCAACCCGGUGACCCACAUCACCCACGGCACCAGCAUGAACCGGGUGAUCGAAGAGGACGGGACCAGCGCUUGACCGGCACUUCUCGUCUUCCCUCCGCCUGGUUUUCACAGAGCAGCACUGGUUUCGUGACAGAACAAAACAAAAAACAAACAAAACAAAAACAAAACAAAACAAAAAAGCUCAGUGUUACUACCCCCCUCAGAUCAGGUACUAACUCUCCUUUGGGCUCUGCUUUGUGCCCUAGCCAGCAAAUGUUCUCAGCAAUCUUUGCCUCUAAGCGAGAAGCUGCUGGAUCGAAUCUGCAAGCGAAUGGCCGACUGACACUCGCCUUUUUUUAACUCCUCGGUAUGACUUUUAUUUAUUUGGCCAUGGUUCGUGCUCAGCCACUGAAUCUUUUUAAGGUUUUUUUUUGUUACUGAUCUAUCCCUAUGCUUCUACGAAAUGGCAAAUGGUUAACGUCCUGUGGAAAGCUCUUCCCCCCCCCCACUCCCUCCAGGAUAGUAGAAGGUGGUCUUUUAUUUCGGAGGGGGGAAAGUGAUUCUCCCCAUCGUUUUUGACUAGAUAAUGAAUUACGUAGUUUGUAGUUCUCAUGCACCCCAGAGGGUGGGUUGCAUACAAAAAAAAAAACUGUACAAAGGACAUCUGUAGGGAAUCAGCGGGAGACUUGAGGCAAUUACACUGGAAAUCCAACACAAGGAUAAUGGACCGGGAGGCUCUGCCGAAGGGGCCUUGGCUCUCAACUGAAAUGGCUCAGCCUGGUUGCAAGGAGGGAGGGGGGGGAGGGAGAAUGUGAAAGCUUGGCCCCCUUAGCUGCUUCUAUUGUCUGCACGUUUGUAGAAAACACUCCAGUCUCUUAUUUUGAUUACAGUCUUUACACAGGGAAAGGGGAAGUAUUUGAGUUCCAUGUAAUGUACCCAAAAUUGAAUCCAGUAGCUCCCUAAAACCCUUGGUGAAUUUGAAUGAAAGAGAUGGUCAGUUUGGGUACUUUUUUUUUUUGCAGUCCUUAGGGAUACAGUGUUAUGGAAAUCUAGGUGCACGUGCGCACGCAUGCACGCACGCACACGCACACACAAAAUUGCAAGCCCCCCCCCUCCUGACCCCUUUCAGCCUCAGUGCCUUGAACAGCCUCUUGCUGUAUCUGGGGCAUUCUCUGGAGAGAAGGGUUAAUUGUAGUUAUUAAGAUGUCAAGAAAGGCUGGGAUAGGAUUGGAGAGGCCAAGGGCACCCGGACCCAUCAGGGACCUUUGAUAAAUCGGUCAGCCAUUUGAAGGAGGAAUGUUUCCCAAGGCUUGCAGCAGCCCUUAAGGAGAAAUGGCUAAAUUUCCUCCUGGCCUCCUGUCGUGAGCUUAGGAUACGCAGGACGGGGACGACGGGCAGAACAAAGAUCGCUUCUUCCUUUCGGGAAGGGUGCCAAACAAGGCCACCGACAGGGACUUUUUAAACCCCUUAAGUCCCCCUUUUAAAUGGUGAUCAGGGUCUUGCGACUUUGGGGGUGCUGUAGGCAAAGCCACACACACGCCACACUCUCAGUUCAGGGACAAAGGAGGCACACACACCGGGCCGAGCGUUUCCUAGUGGGAACACUCCUGUUUUAGGGUGUGGGGCAGGUGGCACGAGGGUCGUGCUGGUCUUAGGUUUCUCAGAUGGGAGAUGCCAUCACCCUGGCAGAGUAAAAAAAAUCCCCGCUGGUCCAGUUCUCCUGGAUCGUGCCACACUGCUUCCAGCAUCCCUGUUGUGCAGCGAGGCGCCGGCUGCCUCCUUGAACAAGGGCAGAAAAAAUUCAUGGACUCUGUGCAAGCGGAUGCUGCGGAUGCAGGAUGCGACACCUGGACGUGGGCCUCUGAAGUAGGAAACGGGCCACGGGUGCUGAGAUGCCAAAAACUUUACCACCACUCCCGUGGCGCCAGGAGGACUGGAGGGCUCCGGGUUCUGCCUGAGUGGCCUCCUGUAGCAUCUCUAUUGCAGACUGCUUGGGAAGCUCACUUCUUUUCCAAAACCAUUUAGGGUAAGAGGGGGGGGAGGAGUCUUGGCCUUAGCACUAAGAUUCCUGUCAGGUACACCCAAGACUCUUUGCAUGCCACCUGUCAUGACUUUUUUGGACCCUGGGCCAGGCGUGAAGCUGUUUGUUGCCUCCUUGCUUCUUCUUUCAAAACUAUUCAGGACUCAAAGGGGACGAAAUGGAGGUCGCACUCCCAGAACUUCCAGUUUAAGAUUCCAACCCUGUAGGUGCUUCGUGUACAGAUGGUUCACCCCGUGAGCCUUCGUGCCAGAGCCAGGUUCCAAGCCAGGCGUUGACUUGGUCUUUCUUCACCCCUGUGAAUGAUAUGCAAACGAAUAACUCAAAUAUGCAAAUGUAAAGCCCUUGGAGAAAGCGUCGGCCAUAUCGCUUUAGGUAAACUUGAUUUUUAUAAGGCAGGGCGAUGGGCGAGAGUUUGGCGUGCUUCCCUGAGGAAGCGCGGGUUUGUUUGUUUGCUUCGAACCUACCUCACCUGCUGCUGUAACGCCUGCUGCUAGGAAACGGGUCAUUAGCGCUCUCGUUCUUUUGGAUCUGUGUCGCAAUGUACAGUAGCUAAACAACACGCCAGGCCCCCAAAAUUCAAUGCUGUCAUCUACGAAUGAGACGGCAACCUUAUUUUCUCUUCCAGAGAUUUUGGCUCUUUCCUCAAUACUGUCUUCUACUUGCAUGGCAUAAUCUCAAAGACGUAAAGGAAAAACAAGUGGUUCUUCGGGUCUGAGGCAUCGUUGCUACCACAAAAGGCAAGCCGUCUGUUUUGUUUUCUCCAACUCCAGACUGGAUCAUGGUGAGGUCCAAGUCCCUUUGCUUCGUAAUGGGAGAGGGUUCUCCAAGUGGCUUUUAAAAGCCUAACUAGAUGUGAACGGCAUGAAUACAAAUACCAUGCACAUUUUUGUUGUUGUUGUUUCAUACGGGAACAAAUAUGAGAGCAGAAAGACUCCCUGGGAAAGGAAGAAUGCUAGGAAGUGGCUAAACUGUGGCUGCCUUAUUCAGGACAUAGCCUGAGAAGACGAGAGUCGUUGGAAGACAUUCGUGCUAGGAAAAGAGGAAGACCACACACGAGUUGGACGGACUCCCUACGGGAAUCCACAGGCUUGAGUUUGCAACACCUGAGCCGGGCUGCUGAAGACAGGCCCUCUUGCAAGCCAUUCAUUCAUCGGGUCCCCAUAAGUUGGAAGCAACCGCAGCGACAGCAAAGUAUGCUGGGGAGUUCAAGUCCUUCUGUCCCUCUCAUCAUUCUAGCUCUCAAUGUCAAAGAGAGACAAAGAACCUCCCCCCCCACCCCCAGGAUGUAGAAAAUUUGGUUUUAUUCACAAAAAUACCAAAGGAAUUUUGACCAAGCCGUUUCUUUUACGAGAUCCUUCGAGCACUUGUUAAAAGGAAAAAAGGGGGAUAACACAACUGUUAACCAUGAGAAGAUAUUCUUGUAAAAGUAAUUUAGAAAUGAAAAUAGCUCCUCCCAAGCAGCCCUCUGCAUUUCAGGAGAUGCCACCGGUUGGCAUUUCCCUGCAAACCACGACUCUAGAGAGGAUAUGUUUAGUCAAAACUGACAGGAGAGAGAGAGAAAGUUAACGCUUCUCUUUGCCACCUCCCACAGCACAACAGCGGUUCACCGUUCGCAGCCGGGAUUAUAUCACAAAAAAUGUGCACACUGUUCCAUUUCGUGCAGCUCCCCUUCAGUUUGGCCCUAAGGCGGCAAAAUGGCAACUGCCCGUGAGACCUUUUCUUUGUCCAGGGUCUGCAGCCGUUUCGGGGACUCCUCUCCGCACUUUGCUUCCAGCAGAACUGGUGGUUUUGCAGCAUCUCCAUAGGAGGUUAGAAUCUGGGCCUCCUUCUAACCAUUUUUGCCUUGUAAACGUUGGGGUGAAUGGUGAACGGGGACAGGGUGGAGGAAAGCCCUCUUGUCCAGCAACUGCGUGGGAAGAAGCCGGCCUUGGAGAGUCUGGAGUUUGCAUAAUACUCCAUAACCUUCUGAACUUCUGAGAUAACCUGUGAGCUUUUGCUUUCCUCAGAUGGAAGUUUGCUUGCCCAUCAGAGAGGGCAUCAAGGGUACCUUGAUUCGUGGCAGGACCCGCACAAGUGGGGGAGGUUUCACCCACCCCAUUCCACCUGGAUUUUACUUUUGUGUAAAGCUUCACCACUUCCCAGUCCAUGCACACUCAUCUUGGGCUGGAUUGGGGGUCAGACUCUGUGUAUCCAUCCCAUGAUUUAAAAAAAAAGAGUAUCUGAAGCUGUGCAGUACAGGAUUAACCUACAGUGUGAUCAGGCCCAGAAGGAGCAUGUUACAAACAGCAUCAGUAUUUAUAAUGCAUUCUCUCCCCCCCACCCGAAGGAAUAAUGAAGGCAGAAGGAUGAUCCUUUUCCAAAGAACUUAGUGACUAAUGACAUCAUGAUUCCUUUUGCCUGCAUAAACAAUGUUUACGUCUUGCUUCUUCUUGUUUCUUUGGUGGCGCCAAAAUGCUUUAAGUGGAGCUAAAGUAAUACGAAACAUGAUGAACGAUGGAAUCGGUUCCUCGAGACGAUCCGCAGGGUUAACUGCAAAGAGUUGUUUGGAGGGUGUUUUGCAGAAGGUUGUGUAACAAACGACACUUUUAGAGAUUUCCCAGCCUCUGCAUGUCGUUUCACCCUUCAUUUCCCAACACCGCUGCUGUGGCUUCGGACAGUCUUUCUGCUUUUUUCCCCUCCCAAAGUCGCUAGCAAGUUUAAACAAAAUUAGGUACUGAAGAGUUUUUUU